AUGAUUGCCGACCUAAUUUUAACACAAACACAAUAUUUUACCGUUCAAACUAUAAACAUUGCCACCAUGCUGCUGGCUAUUGUCCUUCACCAUGUUGAACAUACACGGAACUCGACCGGAUCUGGCAUAUUAUUGUUCUACUGGCUUUUCACUACGCUUGUGAACGGAUACCGAUUGUGGGCUGGCGGUGAGAUAAGCGUCCAACACAUGGGCUUGUUUACAACGACAUACGUACUAUCAUGCCUCAUGUUUAUCCUUGAAAAUUGCAAGUGCCCUACGAAACAACAAGCAUUUCAGCUCCAUAAGCGGUUAUCCCCCAGCAAAUUCAAACAUAUUUGGAAGGCUCACUUUUUCCUGGAUGAGCUCGUGGAUGCAACCAUCGUCACUAAACAACUUCUGGUGGUAUUGAAACUGCUACAUGAUACGCUACAGUUUGCACAACCGCUGUUAUUGUAUAUGUUAAUGGAUUGGGUGGCAAACCACACAGCCCUUACCCAGCAAAUCCCUGAGCCGUUGUACAAGGGUGCAUCAAUUGCGUUUUACAUGUUUUCCGUUUCAGUUGUGCAAUCAUUACUUUUGCAACAGUUUCUUCAUCGGUCUGCUUCAUGCUCUUCUCAGCUGCGCUCCUUACUCGUCAAUGCACUGUGUCGCAAAUCUUUGUCGGCUGUUGACACGCCAUCGGUCAAUAUGAUAGAAGCAUACAUAAGAGGAGAUGUGCAGACGUUGGCCGAUACAUGCGGUAGUCUAUACACAGGUUGGAGUGCGCCAUUGCAGAUAGCGCUGGGACUAUCUGCACUUCACUAUAUGUUUGGAUUCACUGGAUGGGCUGGUGCAGGCAUAAUGCUUCUCGCAGUCCCUGCGAAGUUAUUGCUCGCACAUUUGUUGCAUUACUUUCAAAACGUCUAUGAUAUCAACCAAAACAACCGAUUAUGCAUCAUGCGUGACAUGCUACGUGGUAUACGUACAGUCAAACUGUACGCUUGGGAAAGGCCUUUCAUGAUAAAGGCGAUCGGCUUGCAGAACAACGAGGUCAAGGCAUUAAGACGAAUCGGCGGUAUUGCAACAGUGAAAUGUGCGUUAUUUUCGACCAGUUACAUGCCUCUUAUCGCAUCUUUUACGACGUUCGUUUUCGCAUCCAUCAUCCAGCAUCAAACACUCACCAAUCAAACGCUACUUGUCACUAUCGUCAUCUUUGACUUGCUGUGGAAGCCUAUAUCUGACAUUUCUAAGUUUUCGCAGCUUGUUGUCCGAUCGAGCCAAUCACUCAAAAGCAUAGAAUCGUACCUGUCUCUUCCGGAUGUUUUCGCUCCGGCAGAUAACAUCAUUACUACGGCCGUGUCUCAAACCUAUAGCAACAGCAUCAACAGCAGCAGCCACAACUACUACCAGCAGCAACGGGAGCAUAACGACCUGCCACUUAUCGAAGCGCAUUAUGCUGCAUUUGAUUCCACCACAUUACAACUUACGGACUUGACUAUAUGUAAAGGAGAGCUGGUUGGUGUUGUCGGCAGCAAACGUACUGCACUAAUUAACGCAUUACUCGGACAAUUGCCAAAGACGCAAGGCGAGCUUACUAUCCGCGGUUCUAUUGCCUACGUUUCUCGCGAUCCAUGGAUUUUUGACUCGAAUCUACAAGACAACAUUGUGUUUGGCCAGCGAUGGGAUCCCUUGUUCUACCGCAAUGUCCUUGACAUCUGUGAGAUAUCAGAAGAAAGAGGCGUUUACGAACAAAAGGCGCGGAUUUCCUUAGCUCGUGCUCUAUAUAGCCGUGCUGACAUUUACUUAUUCGAUGAUCCUUUUACACACAUGCAUCCCCAGCUCGGUCGACGCCUAUUCAAUCGUGUUAUACAAGGUCAUUUACAAACUAAAACCCGCGUUCUAAUCACGCAUACAUUCUCAUGUCUACACCAAUUGGAACGUAUCAUUAUGCUAUGGAACGGCGAGAUGGUUAUGGAUGGAACGUUCGGUGACCUGAUGAGCAAACAGCGAGGGCGGUUGUACCAUAUCAUGGCAACAGAAGACAACAACAACAACAGCGUAAAGGAUACAGCAGCAUCAGCAGUUGACCGUGGUUCCAGCAUCAUCGACAAAAACGACCACGACGGUGACAAGGAUGAGAUUGAUAAGGAAGAACACCGCUCAGAAUGCUGGUCAACAUAUGCAAAGUCAUGUUCGCUGAUGGCUGUGGUCAUGGUUUUACUGCUACAAUCAAUGAGCCAGCUCGCCAAAGUCGGGUCAUACAUGUGGUUGAACUACGGACGAAUCAUGUCAAGUGACGCAUUCUCCUUUUUGGGCACGUUUGCUGCCAUUGUCGUCUCCUCUGUCCUUGUACAUACCUUACAGUGUAUAUUUUUGUGGAUUGUCUGUGCAGUAUGCUCGGCAAAAUCGUUUCACACCGACCUACUUUGCAACAUCAUGAGAGCGCCGACAUGUGUCUUCGGAAACAAUGCAGCAACACAAAACACUCUGCACAGACUGAGCGCGAAUAUGAAAACCGUAAACCAAGCCUUGCCAAAACUCUUCCAUCGCUACCUUGUGGUCAUUGCUUCCGUCACAUCAGCUUUGGCCGUUAUUGCAUUUUCCACACCAUUCAUCAUUCUCGUUUUGAUUCCACUAGGAUUUUGCUACUGCUUUUUACGGCGCCAAUACCUUGCCGCCUCAUUACGGUAUCACAAUAUGGUUGCUGCGAGCGAUGCCCGUAUUGACGCUGCUGUGAGGGAGAUGGUCAGUGGCGCGGUAACUAUUCGGACCUGUAAUCAAACCCAGCGAUUCCUUGCCGAUGGGGAAGCCAAAGUUGCCAAUACCGAACGGGCAUUUUGCUUAGUUUCUUCCUGUGAUCGAUGGAUUGCCGUCCGUGCAGAAUUUUUGGGCUCACUUGCUCUGUUGAGUGCUGCCUUGUUUGCCGUAUUAGACGUCGUGUACGGUGCUGCUCCUGUGAUCGAUGCAGGAUUGGUCGGAUUGAGUCUUUAUUAUGCAAUGAGUAUUCCGCGCUCCUUGGAGUCUAGCAUUUGUCUUCACCGAGAUAUCGAGCUAAAGAUGGCGUCGGUUGCCCAUAUAAAAAAGGUCUUACCACGUGAACCUAAUGACCGUACAGAUACUAUCUCAGUGAGCUCAAGCUGGCCCGAUUAUGGCAGGGUCUCGUUCGAGAAAUACACGUCUGCGUCAUUAUCCGAUGCCACUUUUACAAUAAAUCCUGGUGAAAGAAUCAGUGUCGUCGGCGGUAAUAUUGGUAUAGACUUACUACGGGAACAUAAUCAAACAACAGGAACCACUACAGGCAAUAUUGAUAUCGACGGCAUCGAUAUUCAUACGUUACGAUUACACGAUUUACGAUCUAGAAUUAACAUGAUAACAGCAGAUGCUGUGUUAUUCAAUGAAGCCACACUGCGUGAAAAUUUAGAUCCAUGCGGCCACCGUGAUGAUUUAGCGAUGUGGGAAGCCUUAAAUCUUGUGCAAAUCGAUGUUCAAAGCCUAGAUUUACCGGUCUCUGAGCAAAGAUUUUCUAACGAACAGUGCUGGCUUAUUUCACUUGCUCGAGCCCUACUUAGACGUACUCGAAUAGUCGUUAUCGAGGAGCCUGACGAGAUGGACGUCGAAACGGACGAGUUGGUACAACGGAUUCUUCAGCAACAGUUCAACAAUUGCACGCGCAUAAUUAUUGCACGAAAACUCGACACCGUUAUGGAAUCUGAUAGAGUGCUCGUCAUUGAUCAAGUUGGCCGAGUUAGUGCAUUUGACACGCCUCAUGCUAUAUUAAAACACAAGGGAUCGUUGUUGCAUGCACUUGGAUCAUCUCUAGUAUGGGAUGGGUAUACUGCUGCUGACGCUGUAUUGUAA